AUGACUGUACUACAGGCGUGCGGCAAGCAACCUGAGCAAAAACGAAAGCAUUUCGUGACGACGGUUGAUAAGGUGGCAUUGGAAUCAAUUGACGGUAUUGCCGAUCUUCAUGAUAUUGGAUAUUUACAUAGAGACAUAAAACCGCAAAAUUUUUCCGUUGGUGCAUUCGAUAAUGCCACAGUGUUACCUCGUUCGAAGGUGCCUUUCAUGGGUACCAUUCGUUACGCAUCCCGUACGUGUCACCGUCAGAAAGAACAAUGUCGAAGAGAUGAUUUAGAAUCGUGGUUAUAUAUGGUGUUUGAAUUCUUCGAUCACAAAGCAUUGCCUUGGGUCAAAGUAGUCAAUCGGAAUUGUUCGACGUUCAUAAAUCUUGGACUACAAAUAAUCGAAGCAGUUGCCGAUCUGCACGAUCUAGGUUAUAUUCAUCGAGAUGUAAAACCACAGAACUUUUCGGUUGGAGUUCGAGAAAAGGCCAAUACGAUAUUUUUACCUGAUUUCAGUAUAGUUCGAAAGUAUAGGAUUGAUGGAUGCAAUUUGUUGAGAAUGCCUCGCGCACAUGUGCCCUUCUGUAAAACGGUGCGUUACGCAUCACGCAACUGUCUUCAUUCAAGAGAACAAUCGAGACGUGAUGAUCUCAAAUCGUGGAUGUAUAUGCUCAUUGAAUUCCAUGAUCCUUGUGCGCUUCCGUGGGCGAGGAAGACUGAUAAAGAACUGGUUCUGAAGUUGAAAGAAAAAUUCUUCAGGGGCAAACGCGCGUUCCAGAGUAUUCUAUCAUUGCCGGAACAGUUUUCAUUCGUUCAUCAUCCACAUGUUUCACUUGAGUGUUCGGAUAUUCAAACGGAUGCAUGUAAUGUGAUAAAUAAACAGAUAUUUCAAGGUCCUCAAUUUGUGACGGAAUUACCCGAUGAGAUUGACAUGGUGAUUGGUUACAUUGAUUCGCUGAACUAUCCAAGCCAGCCGGAUUAUGAGCAUCUAAAAGAGUUGUUACGGUUGUUCGCGAAAAGACGAAAAGUAGAUUUAUCUCGGAGGUUCGAUUGGCAACCAGAUAUGUCAUGUGAAAAUUUGAGU